AUGAAAAAGUUUUACCAUAUGAAUGCUCCUAUAUUUAAUCAUAAAAACAUAAGUAGCUACCUUUCAUUGUUUAAAUAUGAUGUCAUCCGAUUAUAUAGUAAUAAUAUUGAAAAAAUCGUUUCACAAGAAAAGAAUAAAAAACAAAAAAAAAAAAAUUUCAAUUAUAUCCCCGAUUUUGUUCUUAAUGAAAAUCAAAAGGACAACGAAAAAUAUAAUUUUGAAAUUUUGAUGAAAAAUAUUAAAAUUAAGGCAGAAGAAUAUAAUUUAAUUAAAAUCAAAGAAAUACAAAACAAGAUUUUAAUUCACCUGAACAAAUUCAAUAUUAAUGAAGUUGUUGCUACUCUUAUUCUUUCUUAUAAAUAUAAUUUAUUAAAUCAAAUUAUCUUAACAAAUAUAAUAGAUAUUAUAUUCAAUCAUUCAGGUUUCUUAAAUAGUAAACAUGUACUUAUAUUAUUAUUAAUAACCAAAAAUUUAUAUUUUAAAAAAUAUGAUAAUUAUUUCUAUUCAAUACAACAUGAACAAAAAAUAACAAAAAAUGACCUGAACAAGUCAGGUGAAAAAGAGGAACAUGUUAUAAUAAAUAGGAAAUGGAAAAGUAAAUUUUUUAACAAUGUUAUACAAAAUAUGUUAUUAGAUGAAUAUAUAAAUGAUAAUAAAGAAGAAAUUAAGGAGGAUGAUUCAAAUGAAUAUAAUAAAAAUGAUAAUAUAUAUAAUAUAUGUAAUAUAUCUAAUACAUAUAAUACAUAUAAUAUAUUAUCGUGUACACAUUUUGAAAAUGAAAAGAACAUAUAUCCUCAUAAUAUUAUAAAAAAUAUAGAUUUUAAAAAAAAUAAUAAUUAUCAAACAUAUGAAAACAGUGAUUGUAACAAUAUACAAGUAGACAAUAAAAAUAUUUCAGAUUUACAUAUUAUCAAAAAUAAGUUAAAUAAUCAAAUAAAUAAUGAUAUAGGUGAAAAUGUAGUCUAUAAUGAUGAUUAUAAUAUAGACACAUUUAACAAUCUGCAGAACAAACAAAAGGAAGAAGAAUAUAUAUCUUUUAUACUAAAUAAUAAAGAAGAUGUCAUAUUAAAUGAUAAUAUUAUAGAAUUAAAAAAUUCACAUGAAAAAAUAAAAGAAAUAUUACUUCAUAAUUAUAAUCAUAUAUUAUUCAAUUUUUCAAAUAAUAAUAAUAUAUAUACUAAUUUAUUAUUAUUAAAUUAUAUGUAUGAUGAAAAUAUUAUAUCAUAUGAUGAAUUUUUUAAUAUUAUAUAUAGUAUCAAUAAUGAAUAUAAUAAUGAUAUUUUUGAAAAAAAUGACUUCAAAAAUUAUAAACACUCAUCAUCUUAUUCAGUUGAUAUUAUUCAUUCAUAUAUACAACAUGAAUGUUAUCAUAUAUAUUCUAUAUAUGAUAUAUAUAUUUACACACAUAUAAAAUUAUUGAAAAAUAUAUUUAAACAAAAUAAUUAUAUGAAAAAUAAAUAUAUUUUUGAAAAUAUACAAUCAAAUAAUAAUAUACAAGAUAUUGUUUAUACAAAUAAAAAAAAUUUCAUACAUACAUUUGAUACCUUUUUUCAAAAUAUAUUAAGAGCAAAACAAAAUAUUGAUUAUAUAAAAUUAUUCUAUUUAAAUAUAAUCUCACAUGAAAUAUUUAAAUUAAUUAUUAUUAAUAAUGACCAUAUUACAAAUGUUCAAAUUUAUUAUCAUAUUUUAAAAAAAAUACCUUUAUCAUAUAUUAUAGAUAAAUUACAUAUAAAAAAAGGAGAAGCCACCAAUCUAUUUUAUUAUCAAAUUUUAACUAUACUAUAUUUUUUACAAAAAAAACAAAAAAUUAUGAAAUCAAAGAAGGGCAUAUUUUCUGAGGAUCUACACACAUGUAAUAUACAACAAAUGAAUCAUCAAUAUAUAUCAUAUUUAAAUUCUUUGAAUGAUUUUACCCUACAUGAUUUCUUAAUAGAAAGUAAUAUGCAUAAUAUUAAUAAUGUAAAUGUUUUAAAACAAACUUGUGAUAAUAUUAUGUCUCAACAUAUGAGUAUAAUAAAAAACCAAACUAGCCAGACAAAUAACAAUUAUAAAAAUAAAGAUAAAAAUAAAUAUAAUGAUCAAGAUAAACAUAAAUAUAAUGAUAAAAAUAAAUAUAAUGAUAAACAUAUUUAUGAACAAUUUAAUAAACCAGAUUCAUGUUUUAUUAAUACACAUAUUUUUAAAUAUUUUAUUAUGGACCUUACCUUUAAUAUUAUUAAUUAUUUAAAUUACCUAGAUAUAUAUGAUAAACUUUUUAUAUUCAAAUAUUUAAUUAUUCUUAAUUAUAAAAAUGAAUAUAUAAUAAACAUCAUAUAUGAUCAUUUAUAUAAUUUUUUUAUACUCAAAUUACAUUAUCAGGAUAUACAACAAAUUUUUUAUUUUUUACAAUAUAUAUUUUCAUCACUUAUAUAUUCACCUAAUCUUUUUUUUUUUCAUAUUAUAAAUAAUAUUGAUAUAUCCAAAUUUCAAAAAUUGUUGUAUAUUAUUAAAAAAGAAAAAAUAUUUGAUGACCAUGCUAAAAAAAUAUAUGAUCAUAUUAAUAUAAUUAUUAAUCAGAAUUAUAAAACUAUACAAAAGAAUAAAUGUAAAAAGAAUAACUUAUUUUAUUACUGCAAAAAUAGGAUAGACCAUUUUCAAAGUGUAUUAUAUGACUUUUUAUUUCUAUAA